AUGCAAAUUCGUGAGUGUUCCAUAUUUUUGUAUUCUGCUCUCUCUAAGGAGCUGAGACAGAAGUACAAUGUCCACUCCAUGCCUAUUCAAAAAGAUAAUGAAGUCCAGGUUAUUCAAGGACACUACAAAGGACAGCAAAUUGGCAAAGUGGUCCAGGUUUACAGAAAGAAGUAUGUGAUCUACAUUGAGUGUGUGCAGCAGGAGAAGGCUAAUGGUACAACUGCCCAUGUGGGCAUUCAUCCCAGCAAGGUAGUAAUCACAAGGCUAAAGCUGGACAAAGAUCGCAAAAAGAUCCUUGAGCGAAAAGCCAAAUCUCGCCAAGUAGGAAAGGAAAAGGGCAAAUAUAAGGAAAAAACUAUUGAGAAAAUGCAAGAGUAA